CUUGGUUUUGUUGCUUGCCGCCUCUGGAUACGAUUCUUUUUGUUAAUCAAUCUGAUUCCAAGUCCAAAAAAACAGAGCUUUUCAAUUUCCCAUGUCGAUGCGGCGGAAGGGGAAGAAGAGAGCAAGGUCUGAGACCCCUGGUUCCACCGCCCAUCCCAAGAACAAAUACUCCGACAACCCUCCCGAUUUCGCCUCGCUGGCCUCUCUCUACCCUUCUUUCAAGCCCUUCGUUUUCUUCUCCGGCUCUCGACCCCGCAUCGACUGGACCGACUACAACGCCACGCGAGAGCUCACUCGCGUCCUCCUCCUCCACGACCACGCCCUCAGCUGGUGGAUUCCUGACGGACAGCUCUGCCCAACUGUCCCCAACAGAUCCAACUACAUCCACUGGAUCAACGACCUCCUCUCCUCCCAGAUCCUUCCAAGCUCCUCCUGUGGCAACAACAAAGUAAAGGGCUUUGACAUUGGUACUGGCGCCAAUUGCAUUUAUCCUCUCCUCGGUGCUUCCCUUUUCGGCUGGAGUUUUGUCGGCUCGGAUAUUACUGAUGUAGCUCUAGAGUGGGCUGAGAAGAAUGUUCAAAGCAAUCCCCACGUUUCAGACCUCAUCGAGAUCAGACGCUCUCACAUCCUUCCAUCCGAGGAAGAUGACAUCAAGGUACUCCUCGGCGUUGUCAAGGAAUCUGAGACGUUUGACUUCUGUAUGUGCAAUCCUCCCUUUUUCGAAACCAUGGAGGAAGCUGGGCUUAACCCUAAAACCUCAUGCGGUGGAACUCAUGAGGAGAUGGUUUGUAACGGUGGGGAGCAAGCUUUUGUCACCCGUAUUAUACAAGAUAGCGCUGUCCUCAGGCAAAGAUUCAGGUGGUACACUUCAAUGCUUGGGAAGAAGGCUAACCUCAAGCUCUUGAUACCAAAGCUUUGGGAAGUAGGGGUUACUGUUGUUAAGACCACUGAGUUUGUGCAAGGCCAAACUUCGCGUUGGGGCCUCGCCUGGUCCUUCGUUCCCCCAGCUACUAGGAAGAUUAUAGCACCUACUCCUGUAUCCAAAAACACCCUUCUUUCUUUUAUGCUUGAGGGCAUUAAACGGCAGUACAGCGCUGCGGAUGUGCUGCAGUCAGUUGAAGAGUUCUUCAAGAGCUCUGGUGCCUCCUCCAAAUUAAACUCGAAUACCUUUUCUGUUGACAUUGUUGCGUCCAGUGACCAGUGCAACACAAUCACCAAUAGGGAUGAUGUGGAUAGUGUGAGAAGUCAUGGAUCGCUGGAUGGCUCCAGUUUGCAAGUCCCUCAAGAUGACCUAUCUUUCCGCAUCUUGGUGUUCCAGCAGAUGCCAGGAACGUUGCUUAUAAAAGGAUCAUUGCAGCAUAAAGAUAGUCCUUUCUCAGGGUUGUUCUCUGUGGUUUUUGGUUCCUUGGAAGAAAGUAUGAAGUCCAAAUUUUGUCGGUAACCAGUUACAGAGUACUCUACUCACUUUAAGAAUGGUAUCUGGUAAAAACUGUAUGUCACAUAUGUAACAUGUUCUUACAUACCAAUGGAUAAUUGAUAUGUAAUUUUAAGAUACGUAAUCUACUAAUCUAUUUUGUUA